AUGGAGGACACAGGCAGCGGCUGGGCAGCAGAGCUCACCCCUCCGUAUGUGAUGCCUGACGUGAAUGGGAAUGACAGCGGUCAGGUGUUCGAGGUGGCACUGCAGAACAGCUCCUCCAAGCGCAGCUCCCAGUUUGUGGGCGUGGAGCUGCUGCAGUCUUUCAAGCUGCUCAUCAUUCCCUGCUACACCCUGGUGGCUCUGGUGGGUGUCUUUGGCAACUAUCUGCUGCUCUACGUCAUUUGCCGCACACGCAAGAUGCAUAACGUCACCAACUUUUUCAUCGGAAACCUGGCCUUCUCCGACAUGCUGAUGUGUGCCACGUGCGUCCCCUUCACGCUGGCUUACGCCUUCAACCCUCACGGCUGGGUCUUUGGCCGCUUCAUGUGCUACCUGGUGUACCUCAUCCAGCCCGUGACGGUGUACGUGUCAGUCUUCACUCUCACUGCCAUCGGCGUGGACAGAUAUUAUGCCACAGUGCACCCUCUGAAAAAGCGCAUCUCAGUCUUGGCCUGCACCUACCUCCUGUCUGGGAUCUGGCUGCUGUCCUGUGGUCUGGUGGCUCCGGCUGUGGCUCACACCUACCAUGUGGAGUUUAAAAAUGAAGGCUUCACCAUCUGCGAGGAGUUCUGGAUGGACCAAGAGAGGGAGCGGCUGGCUUACGCCUACAGCACCCUCUUCAUCACCUACGUCCUGCCUCUGUCGGCGCUCUGCAUAUCUUACCUGUGCAUCUCCGUCAAACUGCGGAACUGCGUCGUUCCCGGACACCACACCCAGAGCCAGGCCGAGGCUCAGCGCAUGCGCAAGCGCAAGACCUUCCGUCUGGUGAGCCUCGUGGUGGCAGCGUUUGGCAUUUGCUGGAUGCCCAUCAGCGUGUUCAACGUUCUGCGUGACAUUGACAUCGAUCUGAUUGAUAAGCGGUACUUUCUGCUCAUUCAGCUGCUCUGCCACCUGUGUGCGAUGAGCUCAUCCUGCUGUAACCCUUUCCUCUACGCAUGGCUGCACGACCGCUUCCGUGCCGAGCUGCGCAAAAUGUUCACGUGCCGCCGUCGCAUCGGCAUCUCAGCCAACAACUGUGCCACAGCCAGUGUGGUUUUGUGA